UCACAACGCCUGACGGGAACAUCGAUCGUGUCACCAAUCACAACGCCUGACGGAACAUCGUGUCACCAAUCACAACGCCUGACAGGAACAUCGUGUCACCAAUCACAACGCCUGACGGAGCAUCAUGCUGCUGUCCACUCUUCUUCUGUUCGCCGCCAUCAUAGCCGCGCAUGCGCAGUGGCAGUGGCCUGGCUGGACCCCACCGUGCCCUACAAGCUGCGACUGUUCGCAAGACGGCAUUGUGGACUGUAAGGAGCGCCAACUGGCGACCAUCCCGGCCGGGAUCGGCGAGGGCGUCCACCGCCUGAACACGGACAAGAUCCUGCUUCAAAACAACCAGAUCACUGCUGUCCACAGAGACACGUUCGAUGGCAUCCUGAACUUGAACGAGCUUCACCUGGAACACAACUUCAUCACCACCAUCGAGCGGGGCGCGUUCGGAGGGAUCAUCAACCUGGGAAAACUCUUCCUGAACGACAACCGCAUCGGGAGCCUCGUCCCAGGCACCUUCAGCGGCGUGGUGAACCUGAACUCCCUGUACCUGCAACAGAACGAGCUGCGGAGCUUCACCGUCGACUCUCUGGAGGGCGUGGUGAGUCUUGGGGAGCUGAACCUCGGCAGUAACCAGCUGUCAAAGGUCCCUUCGUGGGACGGCAAGAACCCCGCACACUCCUGGCUGCCCUGGCAGAGUCUCCGCGCCCUGCACCUCGACAACAACCCGCUUGAGGGCAUCAGCGACCACGCGCUGGGGCUGAACUUCGGGCUGGAGGAGCUGUACAUCCAAAACAUGCCGCGUCUGAGGACCGUCGGUCGGUUCGCCUUCCGCGGGCUUCCCGCCCUGACUGUCCUCCAUCUCCAUGGCAACCCUUACCUCUCCUCUCUCCCAGAAGACCUGUCCUUGCAGCUGACAGAGCUCCAUCAGCUCAGCUUGAGAAACAACUCCCUGAGCGCCCUGACGCCAAGCGUCCUCUCUGGGUUAGACACGCUGUCCUAUCUCGACGUCUCCCUGAAUCCCUGGCAGUGCGAUUGUGGCACGGUCUGGCUACAGACCUGGUCCCAGCCUACUGCCACUGGCCACGGCGGCUCUCUCAUUCACUCCGCCGAAACCACGUGUUCCUCUCCUUCUGGCGCCAACGGCCAGCUGCUGCAAGCUGUCAAUCUCGCUCAGUUCAGCCAAUCAGGGCAGUGCGGCCCGGCCCAGGCCCCACCCACCCUGCCGCCGGAUUACCAGGCCGCCUGCUCGAACGACGUGUGCCUCAACAACGGUACCUGUCUGACCGACGCCAAGGGGCCGUACUGUCUCUGCAAGGAGAACUUCUUCGGCGAGUACUGCGAGAAGUGCAACGGGACCACAACCUACAACCAGGGUUUCACCAACAUCGUCGGCAUCCAAAACACCGGGCUGCAGCUUGUGAUGAAGCCAGUAGAGGGCUCUGCUUGUCUUGCCCAGUCCUUCGUCGGCGGCAACGUCCAGACCUUCACGUCCGCGGCUGGUCCGCUGCCUAACCGGGUCCACGGAACGGAGGACACGCCGGUGUCUGGCUCGCCGUCUCUGUCCGGCCUUUGGGGAGGCUUUCAGUUUGUCUGUUUGCUGGCUGCAUCUGUGGUCAUCAUGGCCUGA